AUGACGUUAUCGGGGAAACCUCCACCCGCGCGGGGGAGAGGGAAUAUACCAGACACACUCACCACCACACCACUCCCAAGACCACCAGCACCCCGCUCCAGGACCAUGGCCACGAUGCGCGCCGUAGCAUUCGACAAGACGGGCGACUCGUCCGUCCUGUCUCUGCGCGACGACAUUCCCAAGCCCACGCCCAACGCCUCCCAGAUCCUCGUCAAGGUGGAGUGGCACGGCAUCAACUUCAUCGACACGUACAUGAGGACGGGGCUGUACCAGAUGGCGACGCCGCCGCCGCACGUGUCGGGCACCGAGGGCGCCGGCAUCGUCGAGGCCGUGGGCGCCGAGGUCCCCGCCGACUACGGCCUCAAGGUGGGCGACCGCGUCGCCUUUAUGAAGUCGCCAUCGGCCGCCGAGUACGCGGCCGUGUCGCCCAACCUCUGCUUCAAGCUGCCCGACGGCGUGUCGACCAAGGACGGCGCCGCCAUCCUCCUGCAGGGCCUGACGGCCUGGACGCUGGUGCGGGACGCGCACGAGGUCAAGCCCGGCGAGGUCGUGCUGGUGCAGGCCGCCGCCGGCGGCACCGGCGGCCUCGUCGUGCAGAUGUGCAAGCACCUGGGCGCCACCGUCAUCGGCACCGUGUCGACCGACGACAAGGCCAAGCUGGCCAGGGAGCACGGCUGCGACCACGUCGUCGUCUACACGCGCGACGACGUGCUCAAGGCCGUCAACGAGAUCACCCACGACCUGGGCUGCCACGCCGUCUUCAGCGGCGUCGGCAAGGCCACCUUUGAGCAGGACCUGGCCGCCACCAGGAGGAAGGGGUCCUUCAUCACCUUUGGCAACGCGUCCGGCGCCGUCGAGCCCUUCAGCCUGUUCAAGCUCACCGCCAGGAACGUCAGGCUGAUGCGCCCUACGCUCUUCAACUUUGUCGCCACCAGGGAGGAGUGGGAGGCGCGCUGCAAGGAGCUGUUCGACCUCUUGGCCAAGGGUGUCGUCAAGACGCACAUCGGCGCCGUCUACGACCUCGCCGAGGUGGCCAAGGCCCAGGACGAUCUGACCGGGAAAAAGACGGUCGGAAAGCUGCUGGUCAAGGUUACCAAGGAUUAA